UACACCUGGAAGCGAGCCAUUAGCAGGGAUUUAAUACACAUAUCCCUUUUCCAUUUACUUUUGUGCUAAAGCUAGUAAUUAGGAGUCUGAGUCAUUAAUGGUUGCCGAAAUCGAAGUCCCAACGUGCGUUACCGCCACAAAGUCCAUCGACAUGGACUUGCCAAAGAAGGAUGAGGCGAACGAGAAGUUCAUCGUGAAGUACCGCCAGCAGCUAUACGACCUGUCUGAGUUUAUGCACAAGCACCCCGGGGGCAUAAACACCCUCAAAGGCCUCAACAGAACGGACAUGACAGCUCGCUUUAUGAAAGCCCCGCCACACUCUGAUGCCGCCAUGUACCUGAUGAAGGAGUACAAAAUUGAUUCGAAUGUCGCCGCUCAUAACACUAAGCAGAGCUUUGCAGGGACCGAUCAGCAGGACACUCGGCAAAGGCCGAGAGAAACCGAAGACAAGAACAACAACCAGUUGGACGAGAGCAUGGAGCACUUGGUGGACUGGUCAAAGGCAAUGCUUCCACAGAUAGCAAACAUAACUAAUUGCUACGAUGAGUGGGUGCACAAGCCGGUGGACAGGCCGCUGCGAUUAUUCGGUCCCUGGUACCUGGAGAUGUGCACGAAAACGCCUUGGUGGCUGGUCCCGACCUUCUGGAUUCCGGUGAUUUUCCAGUGUGCGAGGCAGGAAUUUUCCAGCGCCUGGCAGGACGAUAGUCAGCUCCUGGUGCUUACCGGUUACUUGUUGUUUGGCGUACUCCUGUGGACCCUCCUCGAGUACACUCUGCAUCGCUGGGUGUUCCACGUAAAGCUGCGCAGCAAUAGCGGACCUUUUCUUUGCACCUUUCACUUUAUGAUCCACGGACUGCACCACAAGGUGCCCUUCGAUCCCAUGCGACUGGUGUUUCCGCCAUUGCCGGGAGCAGUGCUCGCCACUAUCAUCUACACUCCGCUCAGCUACGUACUCCUCCAUCCAAGGGUGGUGCUAUCUGGAGCUCUGCUCGGAUACCUCUGCUACGACAUGAUGCACUACUACCUGCACUACGGCAAUCCGUCAGCGAGGGCCUUCAUCCACAUGAAGCGGUACCACUUCCACCACCACUUCUCCCACCAAACCUCCGGGUACGGCAUCAGCAGUCCACUCUGGGAUGUCGUGUUCAAUACACGCAUUCGCCUCCGAAAAUUGAGAUACCAACUACGUUGGACCUAGCCCAACUUAAAUCAAAUUGUCCCAUUGCUACUUAAGAUCAAAUUAAUGCAGCUCUGCUGCAGGUAUACAUACCACCAUAGUAGGUCCAAAAUUAAUGCUUUCUAGUUUGGUCGCUGUGUUAUAUGCUUUAUUAAAAAUAGUGAGCAUUAUGAAUUCUUAUUCAUAAAAGUAGUGAACAUUAUAAAUUCCUAUUCAUAAUGCUCACUAUUUUUAAAAACAUACAAACAUUCAAAUUAUGUCAUUAUUUUUGUGGUCAAUACUGAAAUAUUCUUAGAACGGAAAUAUACAUCCAAAGAAAAUUUUA